AGAAUCCAGGUCAAAACGUCAAAUCAACAGCAGCUGACAUAACGUCACACGUAAUAUUUGAGCGUUGAAAUAUGUUUUGUUAUUGUAAAUUUUGGUGUCAAUGAUAUUUAUCUUGAAAUGUAAUUUUUUCACUUCCUGAAAAACUGUGGGUGAUUAAUAGUAAAAAACUCAAGUUUUUUAAAGUUACAAACAUUGGUGAGCCAUGGGAGGUACUUUCAGUAGGCUCAAUUACAGUGAUCGCAUCAAAAAUUACCUAAGCUCAAAUCGAAAAAAGAGAAAGCUUGAAGAAUGUGACGAUGAAGAAUUUUUUGGACAGUAUAUGAAUCCGAAAAAGAGAAAAAUGGUGUGUACAGCAAAAUACAUAUACAAAGCUCUAUUUUUGGAUGGACAAGAAUAUGAUAUUAUUGUUGAUGUUCUUGACAAAGAGUGGAAGUUACAUAAGAUCUAUCUCCAACAGAGCCCUUACUUCGCCAGUAUGUUUUCUGGGUCGUGGAAUGAGACUAACAAAUCCUAUGUGAAAAUUGAGGUGCCUGAUCCUAAUGUUACACUGGAGGCAUUGACAGUUCUGUUCGGCUCGCUGUACCCGAGUGAUGAGGUGACACUGGAGCCGUGCAACAUAGUGGCAGUGCUCGCCGCCGCAACCCUCUUCCAAUGUGAAGGCCUCAUCGACCAGUGCGCUGACGUCAUGCUGCAGACUAUCAGCCCACUGACUGCAGUCAAUUACUAUAAUGCUGCCUGCCAAUACAACCUGACGGAAGUAAAGCAGAAGACUUUGAAGUUUUUCAAUAUCAACCUAAUCAACUAUUUCCAAGAACAUGCUGAUAGAUUAAGGCACAUAGGUGAAGAUUUGAUGGCGGAACUAGUGAACAGCAAGGAUUUGUGUGUUGUUCAGAUGGAAUUCUCGUUGUACCUGAUGUUGAGGCAUUGGAUGUUUCUGAGACUUCAUCCAGAUACGGUUUCAUCAAAUCCUGACCGUCCCGACCACUCCUAUGAAGAGAACUACUUUAAGGAACGUUCUUUGGAUGAACCAGAAUUUCUACUGACUGAAGAAGGGAACCAGUUUGUGAGGAUUUUCAGAGGUCUGCGCCUUGAACACGUCAUAAUACAUGUGGAAGACUUCAACAACAUCAUUGAAGACAGAAUAAUACCACACACUUGGCUCUAUCCUACGUUGGUAUCUCUAUGGCAUCAAGUACUUCACAACGAGAAUAUGACUGAGUCUGACUCGCUGGAUGUAGCUGAGGACGUGUUCUAUGCGAAGUGCAUGAGGCUGGGAAGGGUGGUGGUGAGUAAGGAGCCGGCCAUCUCGUGGAGGUGGAAUGGAUUCAUGAUGGGAUUGAACCUGGUCUGGUGCCUCACUCCGCAGUACCUCUCCGUCAAACGCCAUCGCCAACAGGUCAUGCCCAACACCUUCGCCCGAAAUCUCGUUUGCAGGAUAACUGUAAUAUCACAAGACCAACAGAAGCAGGUGACAGCGGAGCAGUGUUCAGGUAUUGUCAAGUUCUCAUUAGUAAGAUUCGAGGAAGUUCAAGUUAUGGACUUGACCAAGGACUUGACCUACCCGAUCACAAUCAGCAUCAGCUUGCUAAUCUCGACACCCAACUCCAAGCCAGCUCUGCCGCCAAUCUCCACCAUCACUAUUGAACAACCGCCUCCUGCUCCUGUUUCCACAGCCAGUCUCACUGCUUAACUGCAAAUUCAUUCAACGUGUAAAUAAUUGUAUUUGUAAAAAACUCCAACUCAAUUACUUAAAAGCUCUUUGUUAGUGAUAGUAGUAUUGCCUUAAUGCAUGUGAACAUGUCACUAACCGACUAAAUGUGAUAUACUAGAACCGUAAAUUGAUCAGUCAUGAUCGACAGUCAUUUAAUACAUAUACGGUAUUAAUUCUAUUGUACAAUAUUAUACAUUCAUCAGCAACUGAUGGAAAUCUAUAUUAUUUGUGACUGAAAUAUACAUUUUCCAGUGUAUAAACUUUUAAGAUCAUCAUAGUUAUUACAGUUGAAAACUCAUAAAAUCACUCAGAAAAAAAUCAUGAAAGAAUGCAAAUUUUUAAUAAAGAAGUAUAUUUUAAUUUUCUCAAAUAGCAUUUUUUUAUUUCGAGGGUUUCUGUAUAUGAAAUAGAAAAGAACAUAUUAACACCUUUUUGAAAGAAUGUUAUCUUCGGUUCAUCUCCUGAUUGUCUAGAACAUAAAAUGGAUUGGAAAAUUCUAUUAGUUUUUUGUGAUUGAUCUUGCCUUGCUUCCUUUUUAUUAUCACCAGAUUACGCAAUUUUUUCGAAUGUAUUACUCCAAGAUAGAGUUUUAUUAUUUCAUUCCAUGGACAAGGAAUGUGUUAUUUAUUAUGUUUUUUUUUUCAUUUAUUGUUAGAAGAAAAAUGCAUAUUCCAAAGGGCAAUUAAAUACCGUACGUUAAUGUCAAUCUAGAUCUAUUCUUGAUCUUCUGCUUAAAACUAAUGAUAAUAAAUCUGUCUUCUAAGGAAAAGGAGUUAAAUAAUAUUCAAAAUGGUGUAACUUAAUUUUAACCCACAGGUAGGGGCGAACAGAACAGGUAGGUCGAUGUUUGGCUUUCAGUUUCGAUCGAUGCCACUAACCAGGCCUAGAAAGGUGUGAUCACGUGACAGCACUUAGCGAGGAGGUCUUGAAGCGAUGUGACAAACGCGAUCGCGAUUCCACUUCUAGCGCUCCCUACCGUAUUUCAACUUCAGUCCACCUAAGAAGACUGUCAAUAAAAACAGUUAUGAAACUCGAAUUUACUUCACAAUAUUCAUGUCAAAAAAGAAAAAAUAUGAACAAUUUCGAUCAAAUUUUUUCUUCAAAUUGACAUCUAAAAUAAACUUUAAUUACAACCUAAAAAAUAUAAUAAAAAACUUUCCAUAAAAUUAGUGAACAAAAAAUUAACUGAAAUUCAUCAUCAAAAGCAAUAUUAAGGUGCGUACAGACCUAAGCUCUGCUCCGCAAACGAACGUUACUCGAGCGGAUCGCAAGAUGAUCACUGGUCGCGGUUAACGUUUUUGUUUGUAAUGUUUGUUAAUAGUUACGAUAUAUCUGUGUUAGCAAAUAAGAUUAUUAAAAUUAAUAAUUGAUUAUUAAAUUAUAAAUAAUAUAAUGAUAUAUAUUAUAUUAAUUAAAUACAUUAAUUUAUAUAAAGUUAUAAUAAUGUAUUUAUAAUAAUAGGCUAUGUACCAGCAUAUUAGUAUUUAGAAGGAAGAAGCCGAACUCCCAACCAAGCCUUUCAGCUUUUGAAAUAUUGACAGACAUUACCUUUCAUGAUAAAAUAUUAAAAUAAAUGCAAUAAUCAUAAUAUUUAUUAUCAAUUUAUUAUAUAAACAUAAUGUAUUAUUGGCUACCCAGCAAUUCCCUGGUCAGAAUAUUUUAUUUAGUUUUGUCACCCGAUCAGCUGGAUUGAACAUUUCACAUUUGUGAGGUCAGGUUGUAGCGAGGUCAACAAUAUGACAAGCGCGCUAUCAUUCUUCGAACAUAUUACGAACCUCUAGCAAUCCCUUGCGUAACGUUCAUGACGGAGCAUCCGUUUGUUCACUCCCAUACUUUACAGUUCUGUAAGCUGUAAGCUGAACAUCGAGUUGAACGUUCUGUUUGUACCCUUAAUAAUAAUAAUUUAAAAAUGGCAUUAAUAUUGAAACAUGUCUUAUCUUUAAUAAUUAUCUUUGAGAAAUCAAAAUGCUUCUAGUUCAAUCAAUUAAAAAAUGAUCUAUAGUAAUUACGAAAGCUUAGUUCAGGUCACGUUUCAAGCAUAUAAUUUCUUAUGGAGUCUCUACUAACAUUGUUAUGUAAACAUACAUGGAUUUGACUGAAGUGAAUAAUUAAAACAUGAAUAAUAUAUUUCUUUACAUUUCUACACGCUUUAUUCAACAUAGUUUUGUUUUCAUUUAAUUUCAAAUCUGAGUGUGAUUUGAAAUCGCAUUUCUGUUACAGUGUUACUGUAUUCUUUUAUUUUUACAUUGGGGUAAGAUAUCCCUACCUGAGUAAGGGCAGCUCUUCCAAUAUUAGUUGACAUUUCAGUUAUGAGCUUCAAAAUCUUUUUUUGAUAGUUCAGAUUUCACAAUUCAUUGCUCAUAGGUUCCUUUCCUUACACUCAAGCCUUAUUUCGGCAUAACCCUCAACAAAAAGAUUAUAGGUUACCAUUUUUAUGUUUUUUCAACUCUCCAUAGAAUGAUAUUGUUUUAAAAAAUCAACUGAUUAUCAAUGUUAAACAUUGCUAAUAUUUUUCAAUUUGAGUUCUUUAAGAGAAUACAAUCAUAAUGAAAUUAACAAGAUUAGAUACUUAUUCGAAAUAGAUAUUAUAUUUUACUUAUCCGAUGAAUCUUGUUCAAAAUAGACCGAUAGUUUUCUAAAAUGUAAUAAUAUAGAUAUUUUUUUAUUCUAACUUCUGUUGUAUCUAAUAAUUUUAACAGCACUUGUUAUUAGUUUCCUAGUUUAUUCACGCACCAUAAUUAUUAAUUUAUUUUAAUAACGUAAAUAGAUUAUUGACAUUAUAAUUUUUAAGCCUAUUUGAUAUGAAAUAUGCUAUUCUAUACCUUGUCAUUAUUGGUGCAAUAGCGAUUAGUGUGACCCUCGAAUUGAUUUUAAAAAGCAUUUUAUGUAUUUUAGUUGAUCGUGUUAACCAUUAUUCAUGAUUCUUAGUUUGUGUGCUACGCAUUAGUUGACUUCAAUGUAGGGUACUGUAUCAGUUACUUUUAGUACAAUUAGAUUUUUAGCUUGGUGUGAAUCUAUAAAAUAAUCUAUCAUAAUCAUUCUAUAUAGUUGUAAACAGUAACUCUACAUUCUAGCUAAAAUAUCGUAUCGUGGAUGUCAAAUAUUAUGAAUUUAAUUCAAACUACUCGAGUGUCUUAAAUGUCAGACUUAAUCAAAAUUAGAGGUAAGCUAUUUGUGAGAGUAUUAUUUUAUAUUGUAGUUUCGAUUAGGCUAAAACCAAUCUCUGAUAUCCCAAUUCAAAGUGUAAGCAAUUCAUAAUUACUCCAAAGAGCUUAUAUUUAUUCCUCAAGAUUUGGACGUUUCAUGCUUUCGUGAUUUGGUUCAUUGAAGAAACUUCAUGUUCCAAUUAAUAUAUAAUACAAGCAAAAGCUAAUUAAUGUAUCUUGGAAACGAUUCAACUGUGUUUCUUGAUGUAGCGUGCUUAUCAAGCACGGGAUAUAUGGAUAUAUGGGAUCAUAUCGGUGAGUAAUACUAAUUAUAAAUUAUGUACUAGAAUCACAUUAUUGGAAAAUACGAUUUUAUUGUUUUUAAGCAAAAUUUCUGAUUAAAAUAGAUUUUUUCUAAUAUAUGUCUAUGAAACAAGAUGAUGUUUCCUAAUAAUAAUAAGGAAAAAUAUUCAUUUUGUGGAUGAUGCCCACAAGAAUUUGAUGAGAUGAUAAAACGUCCAUACCGGCGGAAUAUUUGGCAUAUUGAGUCUUGAUCCAGUAAUUGAAUAAUUGAUAUUUCUAUUCAGUGCAAUCUAUUCCGAAAUACAGAUUAUUUAUAAAAGUUUGAAAAACAUUUUUUCAAUGUCAAAAAUUGAUUAUCAGCCACUGUAGAUGAGAAAGCACAGUCUUCACUUUUGAAAUAGAACACAAUCAUGUUCAUUUUGAAUCAUGAUCUUUCAUUUUACUGACAACAACUAUUAGCGUUUGUACUUGUAUCACUGUAUCCGAUUUACUCAACAAGCAUGCAAAAGUCUAUCAUCAACUCACUGAAGUCGCCCUCUUAGUGAAAAUCUUGAGCAACAAAUUAUAAAUUAUCUUUACGUGGCAGAAAAUUGUAGAAAAAAAUAGCCAUCUUAGAGGUAGUUUGGUUCGACGUUCAUGCCUCAUAAAUCAUAUUGUUCAUUAAUUAUGAUACUAUACUAUGUUCUAUACUAAUGUACAUUAAGCAUUACAUUAUUAUUGAUUUGAUUUGAUUGAUGUGUGGAGUAAUAAAAUUAACUAGAGUUUGUUUUGUGCAGCGUGAAUUUGAUAAUAUAUAGUUUAUAUAGUUCAAUUUAUAAUAAUAGUUUAUUUAUAUUGCCUUUUGUUACCAAAAUUAUUUUAAAAGUAUAUAUUAUUAACACAUUCCUUAUUAUCUCCAAUUAAUAUUUCUCUUUCAGAUAUUAACUUAAUUGUUCCUUAAUAUAUUGAUUUAUGUUUCCUCAAUCCAUCUGUUAGAAUUAGAUCAUGAUGAAUACUGUUGUAUUUGACUACUUGGUCAAUAGAUUAAGUAAGGUUCUAUGAGGUAUAUAAGUGACUCGUACUUGACAGCUAAUGAAAGUAAUUAAAUUAAUUGUGAACUCAUAUUACCGUGCUGAGGUUUUCUUAUGAUUCCAGUCAUUCACAUUCCUGCAAUGUGAAAUACAUUCAUAAAGCAACAUUGACUGAUUUUUUACGAAUAUUGUGACAAUUUUAAUAUGUGGUUGUAUAAUCAAUAAUAAUAAUUUCAUUGAUAUUUGAAUGGUCCCCUCCGUUGCAACUCACUGAUAAUAGGAUCAGCAACUAGUUAUAAGCCUAUUUCAACUCAAGUGUAAUUUUGUGCACCUCAACCAUUCAUAAACCAUCAAUCAAUUCUGUUUAAUCGUUCACUAUAAUCAAUAUUAAUAAUCUUUCUCUCAUAAUGUAACACGUUUCCUCCACUUAUUGGUUAUCAAUGUCCUCUUUGAAUUUGUGACAUUCAAUUGCUCAAGCUCACAAAAACCUACCUCAGAACUUGAAAAAAUGUUCAUGUAACUUAAAAUUGGAAAGGUCACUUUCAUCGUUGAAACGGUUAACAUGGAUAAAUGAACUGUUCAAAGUUAAUAUGCCACAAUUUUCAAAAUAACAUUCGUGAAAGAACUUGUCUUGCAAAUUCCACUCUGAACUUUGAAUAUAACAUGGUUUUAUCCUUUGUAAAUUAUGAUUUCAUAGAUUAAUCAUAACUUUUCAAUUUGGUUUUAUAAUUCUCAUUCAGAAUAGGAACCUUCAUAAACAGUAAAUCAUUCAUGAAUAAUUCAUUAAUACAUUCAUUACAUUUCAAAAUACUGCAAUCGCACAAUUACACAUACGAGCUAUACCAAAUUUUCUAUUGUAUACUAAUUUGCUUACUAAGUUAGGUAGCUUUCUAACAGAAAUUUGUUAGUGAUAAUAGUACCAUAUUGAGAGUAUUCAAUGAGUGAUAAAAUAAUUUAUGGGGUAGUAACAAAACAUUAAUAUUUUUAAUGAACUUAAUUUAUUUGUCAGUGUAUUUUUGUAAUAAUUAAACAUCACUUGAAUAAA